AUGAAUAAUAAAACAUCAGUUAAUAUUCCAUGCAGCUAUUGUAAUAAAAGUUAUCGUACCAAUUUUAGUUUACAUCGUCAUAUUGAGUUGAGACACAAAUCAUUAAAACAACAAAUCUUAAAUAAUACUGAAAUAAGAAAUAUAUUGAAUCAAACUUUAUGCAAUAGUGAUCCAAUAAAUGUAUCAAGUAUUUCAGAGGAUAAUGACAAGAAAUUUUGUUGUCCAUAUUGUCCUAAAAAAUAUAAAUCAUCUAGUGGUUUGAGUGAUCAUAAAAAAACUCAUUUAGGCAAAUAUAUUAAAUGUGAUAAAUGUACAUUUAGCACAAAUUAUCAAAGAAAUUUACGUAUACAUCAAUCAUUGGUACAUAAUAUGGCAUAUGAUUAUCAGUGUGAAUAUUGUAGUAAACAAUAUAAUAUACGUAAAGAAUUAACAAAACAUGAAAGACGGAGACAUCUUGAAUUAUUACCAGCUGAAUCAUAUUUUAAAUUAUCAUGUUAA